AAAAUGUGUUUCUCUUACAUUCCAGAAGUCAACAUGCAGUCUGAAUCUAACAUUACAGUUCGAGAUGCCAUUGAUGACAUCAGCACCAAUAUGUACCAGCCACUGUCUUAUCCAUUAAGCUUUCAAGUUUCUCUCACUGGAUUUCUGAUGCUGGAAAUUGUGUUGGGACUUGGCAGCAACCUCACCGUAUUGGUACUUUACUGCAUGAAAUCCAACUUAAUAAACUCUGUCAGUAACAUUAUUACAAUGAACCUUCAUGUUCUCGAUGUAAUAAUUUGUGUGGGAUGUAUUCCUCUAACUAUAGUUAUUCUUCUGCUUUCAUUGGAGAGUAACCUUGCACUGAUCUGCUGCUUCCAUGAGGCUUGUGUGUCCUUCGCAAGCGUCUCCACUGCCAUCAAUGUCUUCGCUAUCACUUUGGACCGAUACGAUAUCUCUGUGAAACCAGCUAAUCGGAUUUUGACAAUGGGAAGGGCUGUGAUGCUUAUGACAUCAAUAUGGAUCGUCUCUUUUUUUUCGUUCCUGAUUCCGUUCAUCGAAGUCAGUUUCUUCAGUCUUCAAAGUACAAAUACUUGGGAAAACAAGACACUUCUGUGUGUUAGUGCAAAUGAAUACCACACAGAACUAGGGAUGUACUACCACCUUUUAGUACAAAUUCCUAUCUUUUUCUUCACUGUUAUAGUAAUGCUAAUUACAUAUAGCAAAAUACUCCAGGCACUGAAUAUCCGAAUAGGCACAAGGUUUUCUACAGGGCAGAAGAAAAAAGCAAGAAAGAAAAAGACCAUUUCUUUAUCCACACAACAUGAGACCACAGAUGCAACACAAAGCAGUGGAGGGAGAAAUGUGGUCUUUGGUGUAAGGACUUCAGUUUCAGUUAUAAUUGCCUUACGGCGGGCAGUAAAGCGACAUCGCGAACGGCGAGAAAGACAGAAGAGAGUCUUCAGGAUGUCACUGUUGAUCAUUUCAACUUUCCUUCUCUGCUGGACACCAAUUACAGUGUUAAACACUACAAUUUUAUGUUUGGGCCCAAGUGACCUUUUGGUAAAGUUGAGAUUGUGUUUUCUAGUCAUGGCAUAUGGAACUACCAUCUUUCACCCUCUUCUAUAUGCAUUCACUCGGCAGAAAUUCCAAAAAGUUCUGAAAAGUAAAAUGAAAAAGCGAGUGGUUUCAAUAGUGGAAGCUGACCCAAUCCCAAAUAAUGCUGUAAUACACAACUCAUGGAUAGAGCCUAAGAGGAACAGGACAAUUACUUUUGAAGACAAUGAAGUAAGACAGAAGUGUUUAGUACCUCAGGUUGUUACAGACUAG